CCUCACGUGCACAUUAUAACGGACGGCAGUUUGUCAGCACCUCCACCCCGCACUGUUAGCGGCGGCGCUCUCUGGACUGCUUCCACGAACCAAUCCAAGUGGAAUAUUCAUUUCAUUCAUACUCAACAACCCUAAACCCACAUGACUACUCUCACUCUGUCUCCUCCACCUCCUCUCUCUCUUCUCCACCUCCCUUCCCAUGUGACCCACCGCACCCUAUACUUCCCUCCUAUGGCUAUCCUGCGCCACCUAACCCUCCACCACCACCGCCGCCGCCGCCUAUCCUCCAUCGCAGCCGCCGCGCUCCGCCAAGACACCACCGUCUGGACCCCAGCACCUCUCGCUGCUGUCAAACCCGCUGCCGAGUCCCUCUUCCACGUCACCAUCGACAUCUCUGAGUCCCCCGACCUCGUCUCCUCCCACACCGUCGCGGGGCAGUACCUCCAGCUCCGGCUGCCGGACGUCGAGAAGCCUUCGUUCCUCGCCAUCGCGUCUCCGCCGUCGUUGGCGGCGGCUAGAGGCGAGUUCGAGUUCUUGGUGAAGAGCAUUGCUGGAUCUACGGCGGAGCUGCUCUGCGGGCUCGGGAAAGGGGAUUUUGUUGAGUUGAGUCAGGUUAUGGGGAGAGGCUUCGAUCUAGAUCAAAUCUCGCCGCCUGAGGAAUUUCCGACUGUUCUGAUCUUCGCUACUGGAUCUGGAAUUAGCCCAAUCCGGUCUUUGAUUGAGUCAGGAUUCAGUGCCGAUAAGAGACCUGAUGUGAGACUCUAUUAUGGGGCUAGAAACCUUCAAAGAAUGGCUUAUCAGGAUAGGUUCAAAGAUUGGGAAUCUUCAGGUGUUAAAAUUGUUCCAGUAUUAUCACAACCUGAUGAUAAUUGGACUGGUGAACAUGGUUAUGUACAGGCUGCUUUUGCAAGAGCCAAAAAAAUUUAUAGUCCCCAGGCCACAGGUGCUGUGCUCUGUGGACAGAAACAGAUGUCUGAGGAAGUUACUUCGCUUCUUGUAGCUGAUGGAAUUUCAAGUGAGAAGAUAUUGAAGAACUUCUGACAACCCCAUUCUCGGGUUUCAUAGUUGUAUUAUUGUCGAGUAGAAGUUGCUAUGGAUCUAUAUCUAUUCAUUCUGUGAUGCUGAGUGUCAAAGUUUCUCGGCUUGGAAACACAAAAUAAGACCAAUUUUGCUAUUUCCGAGGUUCUUAUACACACUGGAGCUGUCUUUGAAGAUUGCCUCCAGCAGCCAUAUCAUACAUCUCAAUUAUAGUUGAUUUUUCAGUGAUCUACAAGGCCUCAACUGAAACAGAAGAGAAACAUGCUAAUCGUGAAGGACUCCAUACCCGGAAAUUGGCCCGAAGUAAUUUUUCCUUGUACAUUGUGUCUUCAAUUCUGACAGGAAACCAGCCACACUCCAUAUAUUUGUAUUCAUUCAUAAUUGCCAAAGGACAUGGCCCAUCUUCUAUAAUUGACAGCGGCUUCAAAAGUCAUCUCUCC